GCGUGGCCGCGGAGCGGAGCGAGCCAGGGGCGGGGCCGUCCGGGGGAUGAAGUGGGGGCGUUCGCGUCUCCUGCCUCACUCGCAGCUCCCUGGCGUCGGGGAGAGCGUCUUCUGCUUCCGCGCCGGCGUGCAGACCUCUGACCCUGGGGUCGCUUGGCCGCCGGGAAUCGUCCCUUCGGGUCAUCGCCCGGGCCGCCCGCUGUUCCCCGGCCCCGAGGGGCCCGGCUGGCCGCGGCGCGGGGAGAGGUCAGCAUGAGCAAGGGGGUCUGCCGGGCCGGCGCCGGGCAUGGGGCGGCGGCCGCGGUGCGGCUGCUGGUCACCCUGAGCUUCCUCCCGAGCGUCGUCGAGGCCCAGGUCACUGGAGUUCUGGAUGAUUGCUUGUGUGAUAUUGACAGCAUCGAUAACUUCAAUACCUACAAAAUCUUCCCCAAAAUAAAAAAAUUGCAAGAGCGAGACUAUUUUCGUUAUUACAAGGUUAAUCUGAAGCGACCUUGUCCUUUCUGGACAGAAGAUGGCCACUGUUCAAUAAAAGACUGUCAUGUGGAGCCCUGUCCAGAGAGCAAAAUUCCAGUUGGAAUCAAAGCUGGGCAUUCUAAUAAGUACUUGAAAAUGGCAAACAAUACCAAAGAAUUAGAAGACUGUGAGCAAGCUAAUAAACUGGGAGCAAUUAACAGCACACUAAGUAAUCAAAGCAAAGAAGCUUUCAUUGACUGGGCAAGAUACGAUGAUUCACGGGAUCACUUUUGUGAACUUGAUGAUGAGAGAUCUCCAGCUGCUCAGUAUGUAGACCUAUUGCUGAAUCCAGAGCGUUACACUGGCUAUAAAGGGACCUCUGCAUGGAGAGUGUGGAACAGCAUCUAUGAAGAGAACUGUUUCAAGCCUCGAUCUGUUUAUCGUCCUUUAAAUCCUCUGGCACCUAGCCGUGGUGAAGAUGAUGGGGAGUCAUUCUACACAUGGCUAGAAGGUUUGUGUCUGGAGAAAAGAGUCUUCUAUAAGCUUAUAUCAGGACUUCAUGCUAGCAUCAAUUUACAUCUGUGUGCAAACUAUCUUUUGGAAGAAACCUGGGGUAAGCCCAGUUGGGGACCUAAUAUUAAAGAAUUCAAACGCCGCUUUGAUCCUGUGGAAACCAAGGGAGAAGGUCCAAGAAGGCUCAAGAAUCUUUACUUUUUAUACUUGAUUGAGCUUCGAGCUUUGUCAAAGGUGGCUCCAUAUUUUGAGCGCUCAGUUGUCGAUCUUUACACUGGAAAUGUAGAAGAAGAUGCUGACACAAAAGCUCUUCUGCUGAAUAUCUUUCAAGAUACAAAGUCCUUUCCCAUGCACUUUGAUGAGAAAUCCAUGUUUGCAGGUGACAAAAAAGGGGCCAAAUCAUUAAAGGAGGAAUUCCGAUUACAUUUCAAGAAUAUCUCCCGUAUAAUGGACUGUGUUGGAUGUGACAAAUGCAGAUUAUGGGGAAAAUUGCAGACUCAGGGUUUGGGAACUGCCCUGAAGAUAUUAUUCUCUGAAAAAGAAAUCCAAAAGCUCCCAGAGAAUAGUCCAUCUAAAGGCUUCCAACUCACCCGACAGGAAAUAGUUGCUCUUUUAAAUGCUUUUGGAAGGCUUUCUACAAGUAUAACAGAGUUACAGAAUUUUAAAGUCUUAUUACAACACAGUAGGUAAUAAAGGCUUUUAUGUGUCUAACUAGAGACAUAAAAUGACUAUGUAAAGCCUUUUAAUUUUGGACAUUCAACAGAAAGACUAAUCUGACUUCAAGAAUUUUGAACUCUUAAAGAGAAAAUUUAAAUGCUCACUUGAAUAUUUAUGAUUGUUAAUAGAUUAUCAACGAGAUAUUUAUAAAUGAAGUAUAUACUUUGAAAACAUGUAAGUUAUACUAAUUUUGUGUUUAAUUUCAUGUGUUGAAAAUUCUAUUUUGUUUAGAAUUGGUUUUGUUUCUAUUCUAUUAUCCUUUAUUUCUAGUUGUCAAACUUUAAAUGGCUAUGUCUGCAUUCUAAUAACACUCUUCAGUCUGUUACAGAAAAAGAAUUAGGGAACAAAUGUUGCUUAGGGCUGGUAAUCAAUGAUAAAACCUUAUCAAUGCUUUUUAAUGUGUUCUUAGCCUUGCCUGACUGUGUGUAUCACUUUCUAUAAUAUAAAGAAAUAAUAUUUCUAUAAUCUGGAACUGUCACCGUGAUGAAUGGCCCUUUCAAUGCAUACAGAAAUUCCUUAAAAUUCCCCAGGACUUCAAUUUCAUUGGUUUUUAUUUGCAAUUUUUAGUAGCUUUUAUUGUUGCUGUUUCUAGCCUAAAGGACCUGAUUUGGUAAAGGUGAAUAAGACCUCUUCCCUAGGCUACCCAGCCAGAUUUCAUGUGUGUGUAGUGGGCUGGCCCAAGAGUGUUCUUUCACUUAGAACUCCUUUUGAUUGUGCUUUUCUUUGCCCCUAGAUAUUUUAGGGACAAAGACAUUGUGGAAAUUUUCAGUUACUUUUAGGAAAAAAAAUUGCAUUAAUAUUUAUUUAACAGAUUACUUCUGUGAAAUCAAUUUGAAUGGGACUAUACGAAUUUAUAAUGCCAAUUGAAAAUAUACACAAAAUUUGCUAUUUUAACUUAAAGUAAGCAUUUUUAAGGAUUCAUUUUAGAAUACAAUCUAUGCAAUCCUCUAACUCAGCGAGAUUUUCCCUGACAGGAUAUAUAAAAAGGUAGAUUAGGUCAAGUCUCCUUUAAGCUUCCUCUCCCUUCACCUUUUGUUUUCACUGUAUAUAAAUGAUAAUUUCUGUGAUCUGUACCAACAGAGGACUCUUAAGUCCUAAACUGUCAUUUUCUAAACCUGGGAUUUAAAAUCUUUAAACAGUAUUUAAAAUCUUGAUAUAUUUUUAAAUGUCGGCAGAUACAGUUAAUUUGGAAGGGUGCAUCUGUGUAGAAGUAAUGCAGGUACAAGAUCACGAGUUUUUCCUUAGACUAGUCUUUUCUGAAUUAAAGAAUAAGUGCUCUUAAAUCCGUAUUUUAUCCUACCAGAGUCUAAAAUGUGCUCAUUGAUGAUUUAGUGACAUCUAAAAAAAUUGUAUUUAGUUGGUUCACCCCUCUUUUAAAAAUACUUAGACAUCUCUUGGUGGGAUGUGGUGGGGUAUUAAGGUCUCAGAGUUAUUUUCUCACCUAAUUUCAAACGUUUAUAAACUUGGGGUUUUGUUGUUGAUGAUAGUGGUAUUUUUUGUUGUUUAAAGGCUGACAUGAGUGGACCCUCCCUCUACUUUUUCUUGAGGGUUGCAAGUAUUGUAUGGUGGGGGUGGGGGCCUUAGGGCAAACUGUCUAAAGAGUGAAUAUCCAAUUAAUAUAACUAGUAAGUUAGAAUUAUUCUUGGUGUUCAUUCAGAGUUUAAAAAUGUGAAGAAUUUGCACUUUAUUACUAUAAAUGUAAAGAACUUUUUGAUAGCGUUAUUUCACCAUUCUCUCAGUUAAAGAUAAAGGCUAUUAUUUAAACUCUGUUUACUAGAGAAAAUCCUUGGUCAUAUCCAUUUUUUUUUUCUGUAGUGUGAUUUGUUUCAAGCUUAGUAAAACUAGUAUAUUGGCAUAUAUUCUAGGAAAUUAAAAGAUCUAGUUAGAGUAAAAACCGUUUUAAGGUUUUUAAUUUUUUCACAACUAAAAAAAGUAUUCUUAGGCUCUAAUUCAUUUUGAUUAACUUUAUUUUAUCAUAAAUUAGAUUGUAGGGAGCACCCUACAUUUUUGUGUGUUUUAUUUCUCAAAUGAUUGUGUGAGCCUGGUGACAUUUCAUGGUUCUUGUGAUAUAAACUGUUUUUCCAAUUCACAUCUUUCGUUGUGAAGUGGUAUCAUACUAGAGUACUGUUUGCAUUGUAAAAAUGCUUUGCUGGUGAAUACCUCAUGGCAUUUUGUCUUUAUCUCAUCACCUAAUUUAAAAAUCCAGCACUUGAUAAUAUAACUGACAGGAAUGAUUGUACCCACUGAUGAAGUAAUGAAAUGAAGAAAAGGAAAAUCUUCCUUCCUUCAAUGGCAUAAGUUUAUUUUUUACUUAGGUGGCAUCUAUGUAAGUUAGACAAACUAUAUACUAAAAUUGGUAAAACUUUGUUUCUCCUGUUUUGAUUCUUAUAUUAUGAGGAGGAUCAGACAGAAUAGUAAUAGACUCCACAGUUUUGAAAUUGGAUGUCAAAACAUUUUGACAUUUUUAACAUUGUGAAUUACUCGAUAUUUGUAAUCUCUGUAUGUAUAUGAAACUCUGUGCCAUGUUUUUCAACUUUGCCUAUGUGCCACUGUAUAUAAGAAAGGACAGCUGUUUUGAUCUUCAUCAGCAUUGCCUUCAGCUGAAAAUUUGGGAACAGUUCACAGUAAACCUCUCAGUAGUUUGCAAACUGAGGUACCUGCAGAAACCAUAGCUAUUCACCAAAAUACACAGAUCAGGUGCAUGGUGUCAUGGAAAUUACUUGGUAAAAAAAACAAAACACACAAAAAUCUAUGUGUACUGUAUUUUAAGUAAUAUCUACAGGUGCAGCUUUGAUUUUAAACAGAAUUCCAAAUAAUUUACUGUUGUACCCACCAGAAUCUAGAAAAUGUGAAUUAAAGUACAUUUUCUGCAAUCUU